AUGAACUCGUUCAUGAGCGUGCGGGACACAAGCCGCUUCAUCGAAAAGACGACGACAGGUCUGACCCCGCUGAUGCUCGCCGCCAGAGAUGAGAACCUGGAAAACUGCCUCAUCCUUUUGAAAAGCGGAGAAAGUGCUGAGGCGAGGACAAAAUUCGGCGUGACGCCACUUCACUUCGCGGCCUUGAACAUAGAAAACGGAAUCGAAAUCGCGUGGCACCUCGCAAACCAAGAGAAACUAGACGUGAAGGAAAAGGACGAGGACGGCGAGGAAGCUAUUUUCUACGCGGUCAGGAAGGGAAACUUCAGGAUGGCGCGGACCCUGCUAGAGCUGCGAGAAAAGAUUAACAACAAUCUCUUGCAUUUCUUUAUUAAUCAAAACAGAUUUGACGUCGCUAAGAUAAUUCACGAGUGGAACCCGAAUUUAAUUAAAGAGGUCGACUCAGAUAGGAGAAAUGCCCUCCACCUGGCAGCCCAGUACGCCGACCUGAGAGUCUGCAAGUGGCUCAUCGCUCAGGGCAUCGAUGUAGCGUCCAAGAGCUGUUUCGGGACGGCCUUGCACCGCGCGCCGUUUAAUAAAAACCAUGGAAUGGAAUUAGUUCAUUUUUUCGUCUCAAAUAACCUAGACUUGAACGAAAAAUCAAAGUUCGGAUUCGUGCCUUUGGACGCAGCUCUUGCAGCGGAAAAUAUUGACAUUGCUCGCGAGUUGCUGACUCUCGGCGCCUCUUUGAACAUAAAGGACCACAAUUUUUUGCAUUAUUGCGUAUUUCUCAACAAGCUUAUAAGCGCCAGGUUCAUUCACGAAUUAGAUAAAACCCUGAUCAGAUGCAAAGACGCGAGCGAGCGAGAUGCACUUCACUUAGCGGCGGAAUUUGCUGAUCUAGAAAUGUGCCGCUGGCUCGUGGAAACCGGCGUCCCAGUCGAUUCUUUGAAUGGAGAUCGUCAAACCUCAGUUUUGCAUCUCGUCGGUCUCAAUUCGAAUCACGGAACUCAACUCGUGGGCUAUUUUUUCAAUUUGGGGCUUGACAUCAACGAGAAGGACUACUUUGGCUUUGUGGGUUACUCGGUUCGAGCCAAAAGGAAAUGCAUCUAG